GGCUCUGGGAUUGGACCGGACUGGGUCUGCCCCUGGUUCCUCAUGAUAAGGGAGGCAGGGACAGACCAGGGGACUGGGCAGAGCUGUUGGACUGCUGCUUACUCACACAUUCACUCCCUGGAGGAGAGAGAGAGAGGACAAUACAGCAGCAAGAGAGAGAGAGAGAGAGAGAGAGAGAGGGGGAGGUAGAGAGACACAGAGCAACAACGGUACACCAAGGAGACCACAGAAACACUCUUCCCCCCCAAAUCCCCAACUCCGCUGCACAGAGAGACAAACAAAAGCAUUCUUGGCUUUCAGUUUAAAAGAAGAAGAAGAAGAAGAAAAAAAAGUGAACAAUACUCCGGCCGAGAUCAUUUACUUCAGAUACAAAUCCAAGCAGAGAGGCGUGACAGGACGGCGUCCAACUCUGUGCGCAAAAACGUCUCCAAAGCCGGAGAGAGAGGGAUCUGUGCGCAGCGCUGCAUGAAGGAUAAAAACAUCUGGGAGAAGAAGAAGAAGAAGAAACAGGAUGAGAGCGACUCCGAGGAUCACAUGGCUGCUGCUGCUGCUGUUUACAACCAGUGAGUACUUUUUAUUACCUCCACGACUACAACACCUGUUAGAGUCAGACCUCCAGACUUCAUGAGACCAGGUUUCUGUGGAGAAAGAAGUCUGAGAUGCAGCUACAGGUGUGAAGAGACAGACUAUUCUGAGUGUUCUUCAUUCUGUGUUGCAAUGCUCCAAAAAUCAGGAGAAGAAAAAUGUUUUAACCUCCAAAAAAUCUGGAGAAAUCCAAGUUUGUUAAAGUCUUUGAUUGAAAACUUGGAAAAAGAAUUUCCAUCAAAUCCUGCAAAAGUUCAUGUGGAUUUUCUGCAAAAUUUAACCUCAAGUGAUGGAUUAACUUUUAGAGAUAUUGAUGCAAAAAGGAGUGAAAAGUUUGAGGAGAAUAAAAUUUGUGAACCUUCAUGUUACUUUAGUGAAAGAAUAAUAUAAGGAUUCUCUGUAGCUCGGUGACAUGUAAAAACAUUUUAUUUCAUUUUUACUUCAUGCAACUGAACAGGAAGUGAAGUUUGAUCUGAGAGGUUCGGAUCAGAGUGACAAUAUACUUAUAAAUAUCAGUGAAUCUCUGUGGAGGUUGGUCUGUGUGCAGAGGGAGAGGAACCACUGAGAUAAAGAAGGAAAGCAAAAUGUCGAAAGAAAAUAAAACACAAUUAAAAAAAAACCUCAAAGUGUUCAUCAUCAGUGAAGUGAAGCUCUGCGAGUCGAUGGAGUGUCUCCUCUGCUGUCACUCCCGGACUUUCAGGCGUCCAGCUGUGAGUUUUGAUCGGGUCGAGGGUGAACAGCAGCAGCAGCUUCAGAGCUGAGGGGACUUGUUGUCGUGUUGUUGUCGUCUAAUCCACUGGAUCUGUGAGGUGGAAGACCUGAGAUUUAAGACUCAAGAAGAAGGAAAAGUGUAAACAAAUCAUAAAGGAAUAAAUCUUUAUAAAUGGACGCUGUAUUUUAAUUUAGGAUAUUAAGUUUUGAUCCACAGCGUGAACCUGAGGAGCAGGCUGCAGGUUCAGAAAUGAUGCAGAAGAAAAAUAAGAGAAAAUUUGAGUAAAUACAUAAAUAUUGUUUGUUUAAUUUCAGGUUUUUAGGUUUAUUAUUAAAAAAGAAAAGUUGGAUUUUUGUUCCUGUCUGUGUGACUCGUCAUAAAUGCUGUGAUUUGCAUCGUCAUAGUAACUUCACAGUCUGCAGAGUGAACCCAUGAAUUCAUCUGAAGGUUUGAUCGAACAGACGGGAGCCGCAGGUGCUCAGAGAUAGACGCUGUGAUUCUGAUCUUCAGAGGGUUUGAACAUUUUCAGGUUUUUUUUUAAUUAAUGUCACUGAAAACUCGGUCUGUUGAAAUCAGUGAGUGAGGACUUUUUAUAGAGUUUAUAGAAAUAAGUGGGUCAGAAGUUCAAACAAACAAGAAUGUAAAUAAGUGGAAAUAAAAACCACACUUCCAGUUUUAAUUCUGACCACUUCAACAUUUUCACCGUGACAGCUGUCGUGGUUUAAAGGGUUAUUUCAGCAGAAUUGAUCUGACAUCAAAUCUUCAUUUUGACUCAUGAAUUUAAAGGUUUUGUCGUGUCUCAGACCUCUGAAAGUUCACUGACGUUUGGUUUAAUUUCACGGCUGUUUUAGUGAAUUUAUGAGCGAAGAGUUUGAUCAGGUCAAGUUUGAGUCUUCUGCAGAAUUUCAUUUCAAACUUCUGAGUUUCGCUGUCGCAUUUCCAGAGCUGAACAGCCAAACUGAAAAGUUGAAUUUCUUUCACUAAACUCUUGUAAAUGUGCAAAAAACCUCUAAAGACGAGGGACAAACUUGAAACUCUCUGUUGCUGCACGUCCAAGUCUCUUUUUUUGUUCUUUUUGGUUAAUUUGUGCUCCAAUUAAGGAGAGGGAAAUCCUCCACAAAGAGCAGCUCGUCUGUUUUUCAGAGCUCAGGAAUCUGAAGAGUUUUUCACCAACGUAUCAGAGCGAGUGAGAAAAACCGUCUCUGCUUUAAAUUUACACUAAAGUGUUAAAAAUGAUUUAAAGUGAACAGUAGGACUCAGAGCUGAGACAUCUGCCCCCUUCUUUAAAAUACACACACACACACACACACACACACACACACACACACACACACACACACACACACACACACACACACACACACACACACUCGUAGGCUGAAUAAUGAAGUGCACCCUGACCCCCUCCCUCCCUCGCGCCUGAGAAGCAGUGAAAGUGUUUUUCUUUAAUUAUGCACCUGCCGCUCUGUGGAUUCAGACGGAGGCUUUUAUUUCGUGAGCGUGUGAAAAAAAUCGUGUGACACAGCCCCGAAACCUCGGCGAGGGUCUGAGGGCUGUCAGCGCCGCUUUCUCUGAGAGCAACACGUGUUUGUGCUUGUGAACGUGCAUCUGUUUCUGUUUGUUAUACAGCCCCUUAUCAUCGUGUUGGAACCCUGGACACGUGCAACAACUUUUAGAGUUUCAGGUGUGAAUUCAGGAGAUUAUUUCUUUUUUCUUUUUAAUACAUGUUUUCUCUUGGAAAGAUAAAAAAUCAGAUUAUUCUGCGUCCGUCAACCGUUUCUGUCCAAAACGAGGAUUUUUGUCUUUUACAGUUUAAAGAUGAAAUCUCACAGAUCGGCAUAACGAGCUUUUUCGCCGUCUGUUUGAGAGUGAAACGAUGAGAAAGAACUCAGUCGACAAAUCAUGUAUGAAAGUUUGAUGUAGCUGUGGACUACAGAGCUGAACUCUUAACCAGGAUUUCCACCGCAUCCGAAAACGGCUCCGAUCACGAACGGCGGUGAUUUUCGCUGUUCACCACAACAACCUCAGAAUAACCUGCGGAUUCACGUUCAAUCGCGCGAUAACAAGUUGUCUUUAGCCACAGAGGCUAACCAUAUAAGCAGUAGAUUGUGUCCUUCCAGAGGAGGAAAUCUACUUCUAGACUUCUAGAAUCAGCAUCUCCUCAUCCAUGGUGUCAUCGGGGUGAAAUGACGUCUAAAAACCUUUCACUUGUUCGUCUCAAAUACAGAGUGAAACAUGUAGUGUUUUAUUUUGAAAAGAAGCCGGAUGUUUUAUUUUGUGUCUGUGCCCGACUUCCUUUCCAGCACGGGUUAAUCUGUGCUGAAUUUAUCCGCCAUGCUCCGGCGUCCAGAAAAAAUAGAACUCUUGUGAUCAGCUGAGGAGUCCGGCGAUCCGCAGAGGAACGGAAAGAAGACGGUGUAAAUUGACACGUUAACUUGAAUGGUUACGAUCAGCUACGAUCGGAGGAUACGACCUUUUCGUAGACGUUCCUGGUGUGGUGGAAAUUGGGGGUCACUGUCUCCGCUGUCUCCGCUUGUUUCUGAUUGGUCAAAACCCCCACUAACCAGUUCACACACUUCACGUCAAAUCAAUCCACAAAAAUUAGUUCCAACAUGUGUCGAACCUCCGAUUUUCUCCCAAUUUAACUUUAAGUUUUACAGAUUUUUAAGGAAACUGCAUCAAAUAAAAACAUUAAAAGUGUUUAAAUUAAGUUUUUUUUUCCAUUCAGUCGUUUUUGACUGAAUUAUUGCCGUGUGUGUCUCACACAUCAGUGGACAGUUUGGCAUUUCCUCGUAAACUCUGCCAAACCGACUCCUGGCAUGUUUGAAGUCGAUGUCAGCGUUCAAAUAAAUUUGCCGGAUCGUGGUCUGGAGGAAGACGGUCUCAUCAGUUAUCACCUCUCUGCAGGACUUCCUAACCCCCACGCUGACCCUCUCUCUGUUGCGUUUGCGGGUUCGCGACUUGUCCGUUUCCUACAAGAUAACAUUCGGCCUUUUCGGCUGCAGCAGCAGCAGCGGUCCAGCUCGACACGUCGGACCGCCGCCGCUGCUGAAGAACAUGGAGAGAACAGAGAACAAUAGAUGGGAAAAAACCUUUAUCAACAGUCGGGUGUGGCGUCAGGAGACGGCCUUGAGUUUUCUCCCACUCGGUUUCAUGAGGCUUAAAAUCAGGAAGAUGGAGGAGGAACAGAAACAGAAAGAAGAAUAUUCCAGAGCCCAAAAACAGGCGUGACUGUUCUCAGGAAAACAGAACUUAACUCGUGAUUGAGCGUCUAUCAGGGAUCGAUAUUUUAAUGUGGAGCAGCUUGACUCUCUGUGCACCAGAUCAGGAAAAGUGUCUUUGCCUAAAAGUUUCAAUUUUACUCAUUUACAGAAAAAAAAAUCAACUUCUACUGAAACCAGAUACUCUUUUAUUUCCGGGGCGCCACUGAGUCAGAAAAAAUACUGACUUUAUUUUCCCUUGAGGAAUUUCUCUGAGAAAGUGUUUGUUGUGUUUAAAAUAGAGCAGUCCAUCAUCACUCAUAACGUUAAAAUCCACUCGAUUCGUGAGACAGACAGCUGGAACUUUUCAGUCCGUGUUUUCAGAGACUGUUUGCGAUAAGACUGAAACGAUUCCGUGACCUCGAUUACAAACAAUGAUCGAGGAAUCUUCUCUGCCUCGUUUAUCAGCUCAAAUCGUCACUGUUUCACACGGAUUCUUUUGAAGGUGACGCAACGCGCUUAAGUCACAAUGGUAGAAGGAGGAGUUAGCGCUGUUUGAUGAUGAGACGGACUUUUCUUGCAGUGUUGCCAACCGAGUGACUUUCCCCAUUUAGCUUCAAACAACGUUUAAAAAUCUGGUAUGAAUUUUUGACAGUCACUUUUUUUGCACAUUUACAACAAUAUUUGUCAACUUUGAGAUAUUUCAAAUAGUUAAAUCUAAAUCUAAAUCUAAAUGUUUUGGGUGAAACUAAAUAUUUAGCUUUUAUGCAAAUUCAAAUGCCGGUAACCGGAAAUACCAAAAUAAAAGCUCGAGGAUGUCAAUGUGUGUUUAUAGCGUCAGAUAAUGGAUAAAACCCAUCUCAUCCGGGGAAAUGGACUCUUGGACAUGGAUUACCGUGAUAAUAACUACCUAAAAUAAUAAACACGUUUGGAUAAACUUUAUUUGAAGGGUACUUUGAGCUUUUAGUGUCAACCCCUCGUGGCUGGCUAUAGUAGCUACAUGUCAUAAGUCCCGUACCCCUCACAAAAGUGACACUAAAAGCUCAAAGUACCCUUCAAAUAAAGUUUAUCCAAACGUGUUUAUUAUUUUAGGUAGUUAUUAUCACGAUAAUCCAUGUCCAAGAGUCCAUUUCCCCAGAUGAGAUGGGUUUUAUCCAUUAUCUGACGCUAUAAACACACAUUGACAUCCUCGAGCUUUUAUUUUGGUAUUUCCGGUUACCGGCAUUUGAAUUUGCAUAUAAGCUAAAUAUUUAGUUUCACUCAAAACAUUUAGAUUUAGAUUUAGAUCUAACAUUUGGAUACAACAUUUAGAUUUAGAUUUAACAUUUAACAUUUAGGCGUUACAUUUACUAUUUAGAUUUAACUAUUUAAAAUAUCUCUAAGUUGACAAAUAUUGUUGUAAAUGUGCAAAAAAAGUGACCGUCAAAAGUUCAUACCAGAUUUUUAAACGUUGUUUGAAGCUAAAUGUGGCAAAUUGUUGCCGUUUUUUUCAGCGUGAGCCGCUUUACAAACGGCGCCCCAUACUGAGGAGUUGGCAACACUGUUCCAGUCGCUCAUUAGCACUUCGCCUCUGAGUCGUGGGCGGAGUCAGCGCUUCUCUUCACGCUAGCUUGUAGCCUAACAUUGCCGAUGUCGUAGCAGAAGCAGGUAACAGGAGAUAUUCGGCUCUCGGACACUAACGUCUUUAGGGACGUGAUGAAAGUUAAUAUCAUAAUUAGCUUUCUUACUAGCAUUGCUAUCGGCUAACGCACACGCUUGUUCAGCGGUUGUCCUCUAUCUCUCAGAGUCUGGCCUUCAUUGCGGGGUUUUAGGAAAUCUAACUUUACGUGAGUCGGCUGUUUGGGCCCAAUUACUCGAGUAAUCGUUAGAAUACUCGUUAGAAUACUCGAUUACUAAAAUAUGCGACAGCUGCAGCUCUAGUUUGCAAUGAAGACAACCUGUGAGGAUUCAUGUUUACGUUUUUGUGAGAUUUGAUGAUUUUUGUCGCUAGCUGACGACGCUACACGGAGGCUGACAUCUUUGUUUUGGUCACAGGCCUGUAAAGGUUCAGCUAGGAGGACAGAACUGUUUCAAAUAGAUUCAUCUUUAUCAGCAGAUCUGUGUUCGGUGUUGUAGUUCUGGAUGAAAACAUCAACUGUGAGAAUAUCGUCUGUUGGAAAUCGUGAAGGACUGAGGAGCAGCUCAGAGGGAGUUUGAGGAGUGAGUGAGUGAGUGAGGAGGUCUGAGCAGGUGUGGAGCUGAGACAGGUGAAACAGUUUGUGGAGAUCAGGACGACGAGGCCGGGUCCAAUCGAACAUCCUUUUCACUUCACAGCGUUGACUUUAAAUCGUACUUUUUACAUCGUUUGAAGGGAGGAGUUUGACGUAACUGUGAGGGUUGUUUUUGCAGAAAAUAAAGUGAAAUAAGAGGCUUUUGUUUGAGAUCAUAGUUUCAUAUUUGGUCUUUUGCUCUUUUUCCUCCUCCGAUCUUUCCUGAAGGUUAAAACAGCUCGCUCAUUUUUUAUUGUCUCUUUUUGAACCCAGCUCCUGGAUCAUGCAGAGGUUUUUUUUUUUUAACCUUCUUCUGCUUGUUAACAGAACUUUGACAAACUCGGUGUUUAUAGAAGUUUGUAGAUAAGUCUCUGGAGCUGUGAUUAAUCUUUAGGAUUUUGUUUUGGAGAAUAUUUGGCAACAUUUAUGAUGUAAAGUUGGCUCCGUUUUUAAUGGUUUAAAGAGAAAUUGUUGCCACAGAUGAAGAAGAUUUUGUAACUUUGGUUUUAGUUUGAUAAAUAAAUCAGAGUUUCCCAGUUUUCCUCGACCCCUGAAGGUCUCGUUUGACCUUAUUUGGUGGUGAUCGCGCAGCUUCUUAACGGAGCGUUUCAUCUCUGUCUGACACUCUCCUUCACCUCCACUGUAACCCCACACUCCCCUUUUUUACCCAGCAUGCCAUGCUGCACAACCAGGUGUCCAUUAAUCACGCCGGAGGCUGGUACCGCCGAGGACCUGCACCCUCCUCCUCGCCUCCUCGUUCAUUCCUCUCCUCCCUUCCUCAUCUCUCCUCCUCCUCCCUUUCUCAGCGGUCUUUUCACCUGCAUCAUCACUUUGACUCUGAACUCCCCGCUGAACUCAAGAAAACACAAACAAAUGAUAACACAAGUCCCGCCCCUGCUUGAUCCUGAUUGGUUGGAGAUGAAAGAGCGACACAAAGGAGUUCAGUCGUUCCAAAAGAGCGAAUUCAGCUUCACAUCAUUGGCAAAAUUGGGGUGUGGCCGAGUUGACUGACAGGUGGGCGUGUCUUAGCUGCUUAAUGCCUCCAAUCGAUUUCUUCACUGGUUUUGAUGGUUGAUGGGGAGCUGGACUGGGUCAGGUGACCUCACUGAGACUACGUCCAUGUUUGUAGAGUCUACGGUUAUAAUGCAACUAACAGAGCAAACAAGAGAAGAAACCUGUGUGUGUGUGUGUGUGUGUGUGUGUGUGUGUGUGUGUGCGCGCUCUUACAUUGAACUUUUACCACUCCUGCACCCCACGGCUCGCAUAAACACACAUACCAGAGCGGUUUCCAAGGACAGGGAGUGUGUGUGUGUGUGUGUGUGUGUGUGUGUGUGUGUGUGUGUGGUCACUUCCAUGUGGCCGUUAGAUUUACGGCGUCUCAAACCCCUCUUCACUCUCUCCCCCCUCCUGCCUCGCUCCUCCCUUUCACUUGUCUCCCUUUUAUUCCUGCCGAGUGUUCUUACAUUCACGGCCCCUCUCCUCCUCCCCUCACAAUGUAAAGACCCCCACCCUUCCCCUCCUCCCUCCCUCCCUCCCUCCCUCCCUCCCUCCCCCCUCUCUCAGGAUGGAAGGCCGGGGCUGCAGCAGGGGUCUGCAGUGAGGGAGUCGCCCGUGCUUGCAUGGCUGCACGUGGGGGCCGGAGGGUCUUUGUGUAGGCUGUCAGUAAGCUAACGGGCCGCUUUGUCCCGCAGGAGCUUUGAGGCGACAGCUACAUUUAUUUAUUGACUCUCCGUGGAGCAGGUUCACGCUCAGACGGACAUCUGAGCGAGUUAGAGGGUCAGGCAGGCUGGACCGAGAGCUGACACGCUGAUAUCAGGGUUAUGAGCUUUCAACCAAUCAGAAUCAAGUAUGAAACAGACGUCUCUACAGUGUCCUCUUAGUACGACCAUCAUUUACCAAACUGACUUCAUGCUUUAUUUACUCCUCAGAUCCUGUUAACUUGAAGCUCCAUCCAGACGAUUUUGUCCCCCAAAAAUAAUCAUUUAUUAACCUUUUUUUUUACUCAAACUUCAGCCCUAACUAUUAAAAAAAGUAAUAAAUAAAAAAUUCAUUGUAUUCCCCUUUUUAUGUCAGUUUUUGUUCACCAUGUCAUAUUUAUUGAUCAAGUGUUCUAAUCAGCUGAGUCUAUUGGAGCGGAAAAACAUGUCAUUUUCACCUCCUCUUCUCGAGCCUCGUCCUCUAACAAAUCAAAUGAAUCAAAUUCAUUUGUUCAUAAUGAAUUAAUUUUACAUAUUGGCAUAUAAAAUCUGAAGAUAUAUGUAAGAUAGGAAUCAUUUAUAAGUGUUUAUCCACCUCUAACCAAAAUAUGACCGUGAUUACUCUGAUAUAAAAAAUAACUGCAUAUUUGAGACGUGAUAUCUUCUCAUCUAAUGAUCUGAAGGACCUGUUCAUCCUCAUGCAUGUCCAUCCACUCACUCUGAAGUGAGGACAAAGUUGAAAUUGUCCAAAUGUCCCCCUCUCUUUGUCCCACACUGCAGAACUUGGACGUCAGAUUCUCGACUGUAAAAACUCACGUCAUGCUCGUUUAUAAACAUGGACGCAGAUUCUCACCCGUGCACACACGCAGGAGCACACACACUUCUCCUUCCACACAUAUCCCACUCUUAGACAUCCAUAUCUAGUGUCAUGUAAAGUUUCCUUCAUUUCUGAUGAUGUUUAGUGGAUGAAUCUUCAAAUUCUCUCAGUCCAUGAAUGAAGACUUGAAGAAUUAAAAUGAUGUGCGGCUCAGUCUGUUGUCUCACUGUGGGAAAGUCAAAUUUAGAGUCCUGCUGAUCCACUGACUGCAGAAAAAAGGUUGUAAUAUGUUGUUAUGGAGCCGUAAACACACGCUCAAAAAAACUGUUUUUAAUGGAAGUCUAUUGGCCGAUUUGUGGACUAAGGACCCUCUGAGCAUUUUUUGGUCUAACAGAUGUCUAAAUGUAGUCUAGACCUCGGGUCUAAAAUCAGACUACCACAGGUCUAAAAAUGAAGGAUUUUAGACGUUUAAAUUUAGACCAAGUUUAGACUAGCCGGCUAACAGAGGUCUAACUGUAUGUUGCGUCUAAUAGCCUUCUACUGCUCAGUGGGGAGGGUGGGUGGAGCUAAAAUGUGGCGACGGAGAACUACAGGUGACACAGAGUUUUUUAAGAACUUUUGAUGCCCCAAUCUUUAAAAAUGUGACCGUCAGCUCAAAAUAAAGACGACAAAUGUCCUCAAAACGGACAGAGGAGGAACCGAGGGUUAAAGACGCCCUGAAACUUCUCACUGAGCAACAGACGCUAUUAGACAUCUAGUUUUUUUUUAGACCUGAUUUCAACGUCUAGAUUCUGUUUAUUUUUAGACGGAAUUUAGACGUCGCACUUUAACCCAUAAUUCAGUAACUGUUUAUCUCAAAAAGCAACUGUGAGUUUCAUAAUUGAUCUCCAAGUACUAAACCAAAAUAAUUCUGAUAGUCGUGGAACAAAAUACAGUUUAGUAAAGAUAUAGCUUAGAUUUAGACUUGGUCCAAACUUGGUCUAAAUUUAGACGUCUGACCUGUGGUAGUCUGAUUUUAGACCAGCCGUCUAGACUACAUUUAGACGUCUAUUCGACCUCUUUUAGACCAAAAAUGCUCAGAGGGUUCUGACACUUCUGUUUCUUUUUGAACGUCCGUCUUCACGCUCACGUUCAUAUCACAGAUAAUCUUCACGUCUUUGAUGCUGAAUCUGAAAUAUUUCAAUCAUUCGAAGUUCGUUACCUGCAGAAACCGUCCUCUCACUUUAGUCUGGAGGAACUUGAACGCUGGACCUCCCUCAUGCUUUCAUGUCUGAAUGGGAACAAAUGAGUGUGUGUGUGUGUGUGUGUGUGUGUGUGUGCGUGUGUGUGUGUUCAUUUAUUUACAGCAUGGCAGUCAGGAAGGAGAGACAAUUCGCCGUGUCUCCACCCUCCGGCCUCACUGUCAUUCUGUUUUAAUGUGAGCGGGUGGUGGUUCUCACACCGGACAGGAUGGGGGUUACACCCUCUGGAGACAAACACUUGGACCCCCUGCAGGGAGGGCAAGGAGACAGAGAGGACCCUUUGACCUCCUCUAGACCUCCGCUAAGUCUGAGGGUAAACCCUGUCACAGUCCAGAGGACGACUACAGAGAGGACGGACUAAUGUGAGGACAACUUCAGGUCCUGAUGGAGUUUUACACUCCAGAACUUUAGAUUCUGGGUUUUUAAAGUCCAUCAAUAAGCUCAGACAAUAAAAACUUUCCGGGAGGUCAAGCGCCAGGUACAGAGCGAGUACAGCCCUCCGUUUUUUGUGCAUUUUUGGCCGAGAUCCACACGGUGAGAAGCUCUGCUGACGCCAGCGGUCUGAUUGGCCCAAUCUGUUUACAAGCACGCCAAAAAUCUGAGGCUGUCAUGCAGCCAACACGCUUCCUGCAUUUAACACCAGGGCAUCUGCAGGCUCAGGGUCUACUGCCUCAAACCUUACCGAGCCGCGCUGAACCAAAGCAGACGCCUGUACGCUUCAAUCCAGGUGGACUUUGGCGAUCAUUCUUGGUUCUUAGGAGAGUUCGGCUCAAAUCACAACCUCAUGAGGAAGUUUCAGGAACAGACAGGAGGUUAAAUCCACAGAUCAAACUUCCAGAGGCUUCACAGUCUGACUUCACAGACAAACAAAGUCCCGCUGUAACCUGCUGUAUGUUAACGUACACAGAAACUGAGCGGAGAACAAUAGAAACAGCUGGCACCGCACCAGAGCGGGUCGAUUAAGUCGAGACAUUUGACAGAAUUAGAAUUCAGUCACAGGAUCAAAUCAACAGAGUGUUUCCUGUUUCUGAGGAAAGCCAAGAAACAGAGGGAAGAGCCAGGGAAAGGACAGCAGGUCGGUUCUCACACCCUCAGCUGUCUGACCCUCACACAGUCGGCCUGAGCGGGACACACCCCGAGACAAACAGAAAAACAACGACGGUAUAAUACUGUUGGACAAAACAACAAACAACAGAAUCAUACAGUCAAAAAAACAACGAACAACGGUAUAAUACAGUCAGAAUAACAACAACGGUAUAAUACUGUUGGACAAAACAACAAACAACAGUAUGAUACAGUCAGAAUAACAACAACAACAGUACAAUAUAGUCAGAAAAACGACAGUAUAACACUGCCAGACAAACAACAAACAACGGAAUAAUACUGUAGAUAAAAAAAAAACAAAAGACAACGGAAUAAUAUAGUCAGCAAAAAUACAACAGUAUAAUAUAGUCAGAAAAACAACAACAGUAUAAUAUGGUCAAAAAUACAAAUGACAGUAUAAUACAGAGGGAAAAACAAACAACAACGGAAUAAAAAAAGAAAUAAAAAAAACAACUUAAUAUUAUAGUCAGAAAAAAACAACAGAAAAAUAUAGUCAGUAAAAACAGAACAGCAUAAUACUGUAGGAAAAAUAACAAACGCUAGUAUAAUAUAGUCAGAAAACCAACAACAAAAGUAUAAUAUAGUAAAAAAAAAAAAUACAACAGUAUAAUAAAGUCACUUAAACAACAAUAUAAUAAAGUCCAAAAAUACAACAGUAUAAUACUGUAGUAAAAACAACAUCAGUACAAUGACGUCAAAAAUACAAAUGAAAGUGUAAUACAGGCAGAAAAUAGACAAAACAGAACAAUACAGUCAGAAAAAAAAACAACAGUAUGAAACAGUCAGAAAUACAUAUGAGGAUAUGAAACAGUCUGAAAAACAGCAAAAGUAUCAAUUCGACAGUAUAAUACAGUCAGAAAAACAACACAACAGUAUGAUACAGUUCAAAAAAACUGUAACAGUCAAAUACAGUCAGAGAAGACAACAACAACAGUAUGGUUCAGUUCACAAAAAAACUGAUUAAUGCUGGCAAAAAAACAACAACAGUAUAAUACAGUCGGAAAAACAACAACAGUAUAAUACAGUCAGAGAAGACAACAACAACAGUAUCAUACAGUCGGAAAAACAACAACAACAGUAUAAUACAGUCAGGAAAAAUACAUACGAGGGUAGGAAACAGUCAGAAACAACAACACCAGUAUAAUACAGUCAGAGAAGACAACAACAGCAGUAUGAUACAGUUAAAAAAACAACCAAAUAAUGCUGUCAAAAAAUAACAGUAUAACACAAUUAGAAAAAAUUAAUUAUUAAAACAGUUUAAUACAGUCAGAAAUACAACAACUGUAUAAUACAGUAAGAAAAAAUACAACAACAGUAUUAUACAGUUGGACAAACAACAGUAUGUUACACUGCCAAAGAUCAAAUUUCCAAGUUAUAGUCGUAUCACCGUAUUUUACCUUUAUUUAUCAUUUAAUUAAAUUCAACCCUUAUCAGAGUUUUUUUUAAUUAAACUUUGUUUAUUAUUUCUGGGUGUUAAUGCAGAUAAAAACAUCAGAAACCCACUAAAAAAUUAUAAAAAACACAUAAUCUGAAUAAUAUAAACAUGAAUCACACAAUCGUGUUUGUUACUAUUAAAAUAUCCCAGAAGGAGCAGACCGAAAACUUCACGAGCUCGUUUUAAUUAGACUGAGGUCAAAGUAAACAAACCAGGUCAAAGGUCAGCUAAUGUGUUAUAAUGAGUGGAAGACAGAGCUGGUCUCUGUGUGUCUGUGUGUGUGUGUGUGUGUGUGAGGAAUGUGUGUGUGAGGUAAAAACAGCUCUGGGACUGAUAGCAGCGGAUCAGCCGGUCCUGUCGCCCACUGAGAACCAGAUACGUCGGUGACAGCAGGGGUCAGGGGGUCAGGGCGAACAUGACGGCACACCUGAGGGAGAGAGAGCGAGAGGGUUUGAAGAGGUCCUGCAGCUGAAACCCGUCAGAGGAAAGUUCUGCUCACUGUGUCGGACAGGAAAGAUGCCUCAUCUUGGCAGAACUUUGACUCACGGCCAGCUGAGAUUCCUCCCACAUGACGUGAUCCUGGAAAUAUUUACAGUCACGCCGAUGAAGGAAACGUCCUCCAAACACAGUCUGAUUUUACAGAUGAUUACCGCCGUCAUUACUGUUAUUUUUAAACUUUAGUUCUGAGAUUAAAUCUGAGUGUUUCUGAACACGGUUUUCUACUAACAGUUAUUUUACACCAGUGUGAUCGCAAACUGGGACUCAGAGGAAGGAAACAGCUUUAAGUGUUCAUUUAAAGCUGAAACGAUAACGUGUUACACUGACAGAAAUAAGCAGAAAUGCAUUUUUUUAAAAAGUACCGGUGUCAAUAUGAUGUGCACAAUUUUUGAUCACCCGUUUGCCUUCAGGGAAAGUUUUAUCUGCAGCUCUGAGGUGAUUUUAAGUUUAUUUCAGAUAUACAAACCAAAAAUAUAAAAAAAUAAAACAAGAAAAGUAAGGCAAAACAUGGAAACAUGAAACAUAGAAAUACGUAUUUGAAAAGGAGUGAGAAGAAGAACUUAUGAACUCGCAGCCCUUCACUUUAAAUAAUAAGUACCCACACUAAGCUUCGAUAACACUUUACUUGUCGCCUCUCUCUAUAACGUUUAAUAAAUAUAUGUAUAAUGUGUUAUAACUGAUAACAACUCACUUACAAUGCCCACAUAGAUAAUGCUAUGUAACAGCUGUUAACAGUUAUAACACAUUAUAAAACCUGACCCUGUAAGUCAUGAUAAAAUGCUUUAUAAUGUGUUAUGAUUAUUGCUAUAAAGCAUUAUGAUCAUUUAUGAGCGUUUAUAACCAUAGUUACACGGUUAAUUAUAAUGCGUUAUAGAGAUAUGCGUCAAGUAAAGUGUUACUCAAGCUUCCUUGCAACUUAUUUAGAAGAACCUGAUUAUUAUAGAUAAAUAAAGUACGUUCAUGACUUUGUAUUACGAAACAAAAUCUACGUCCACAUAAUACAGCACACACAUAAAAACAACAAAAUGAAAUAAAACAAGAAAGAAACAAAAACAAAAGAAACAAUAAACUCAGAACAUGGACACCUUCCUCAUCUCUGUACGUCUACAAAAUCACGUCUUUUUACCUCUUUUUAAACUGUGUAAACAUGUUUGAACAUUUAACUCCAUGGAAAACACAAAAACCCUUCCUCCUUGUCCGAAUUAAAGAGAAUUCUCCCUCUUGAAUUAUAACUCCCCUCACUCAUACUGAAUAAUUUCUGUAUAUUUAUUGGUAGAUGAUUAUUUUUAGCUUUAAACAUUAUUUGAGAUGUUUGAUAUUCUACAAUGUCUGUGAAUUUUAACAACUUAGAAAACUGCAGAAACUGAUCGCCAACAUGGUGUAUAACUCGUGUUGCUGUUCUGAAUGGUGGUUAGUGGCUGCAGUGAUGUUUUCAGCACAGUGUUGGAAGUUUGGUGAGAUUAGGGAACUUUGUUGUUUUGAAUAUUAUUGCAGUGCUUCUUAAAACUUUGAUUUGUUCAUGUUUGAUUUGUGAUUUCUAAGUGAUUCUGUCGUCUCUGGUUACCUCCAUAAAAUUUAAUAUCGUGAACUCUUUCUAUUGUAACUCCCUCUAAUUUUAUUAAUACUUCUGUAUUUAGUGGACAAUUCCCAAACACCGUUAAUUUUGUUAUGCUCAGAUUUAAUGAUAAACUAUUUCUGUCUCUCUGCAGACUUUUGGGACGGUGACGAUAAUUUCUAAAUUCUGCUCAAAUCAAAGUGCAGAGUACUUUUUACAUGUAGCAGAUGACACAAAAUAAAAAACUCACUUUGGACCUCAGUGUUUAAAAAUAUGUGACACUGACAUUAUCAGUAUGAACCAAGUCCAUGUUCCAAAACUUACACGCUCUCACCGAGUGUCUACAUGCUGAUCAGGACGAGCAGACUCGUGUAAAUCAAAGUCCUCCUCUGAGCCCAGACCCUGACAGUCUGUCCCUCUUUGUCUCUGCAGGCUGUCAGCUGAUAACUCAUGUGUGUAUGUGUGUGUGUGUGUGUAUCGUGUGUUGCGGAGACAGCGCAGGCUCGGCUUGACCACAGCAGACUCUUAUCUGAUCCCUCCUGACUCGGUCCUAAUGCUGCUUUCAAAUGCUGUGGGAAUUCUGGAGGUUGUUUUUCAGGAAACCUUUGUUUAUGUUCUCUGAAGCCCGAGGGGCAAUCAUCAUGGAAAUGAACCAAGACCAGGAGCUUCUGAUCCUGCAGGCAGGAGGUUUUGGUGGACUUCAGGGGCGGCGCUCUUUACCGUCUCUGAUUAAAACAACCGUCUUUAAAAAAGUGGAAAAUUGACUAAAUUUAGGAAACAUGUCGGCAGAAACUCUUACUGAGAUGAUUCAAAGGUCAUUCAGACAGUUGAGGAGGAAAAGAAACCGAAAGCUGCAAUCGACAAAGAUCCUUUAACAUAAAAAGGACUUUUCUGGGGUCGUCUGCAUGUUUGAGUUAAAGGGACAUUCCGGCGUAGAAUUAAUUUAGGGUCAAACACACCGUAACACCGAGUUAAACUCUCCGUCGAGAGAUGUUGCUGACCGCCUACUUCUCUAGUUAUACCAACUUUAGUAACGAUUUUCUUAGUAAGACUAAACACAACUCACCUACUCUCUUCCAGCAGCCGCUUGUUUGUAGCGAGUCCAUCGACUACAGCGGGGCGCCGCAGCUCAAGGAAGAACAUUUAUGAUCAUUUCUUCAUGGAAAUACAAUCAGACCGAGACGCUAAGACAGAAGAACUACAGCGUCUGUAAAAUGAUUAAUAUGAUGAUUAUUACUUCACGGAAAGGAUAAAGAAAUAAUCAUAAAUGUUCUUCCUUGAGCUGCGGCACCCCGCUGUAGUCUGGGGGGUAGUCUCUUUGUGGACUUGUAUCGUCACGAGUUGCUGAAGAUAAGAAGAUAAAAAACAGACCAAAACGAGUCUGAAAGAAGUGAAUAAAUAAAAUGUGGUUCUCAGGAGGUCACUGUGGUCCUGUGAGGAUGUUUAACAUAAUAUACAUGUUUUUAAAGCGGCUACGUGUGUCUCCACACAUGUACGCUGGCUCCUGGUGGAUGUGGUGGAGGUGGGUGGAGGUCAGAAAGCGUGGGGGUGCGGGGGAUGUGUGCCAUUGUUUUCUGGACUUGGAGUCAGGCAAGGAUUGUUGGAGGGGCACUCCAAACGGGCCGUGGUCGCGGGUGUGGUGCUUCCAAGUUUAUUGUGUUCGGCAUCCUGUCCUGAAGACUAAAAAUAGAGGAACAGAAGAAGAAGACGGGGCGCUGGGGCUGAAGCUCACAGCUGUCAGACCUGCAGGAAGUCCAGGAGCAGAGGUCAACCAGAUCGGACUUCACAGAGACUCUGACGGUUCCUUUAAGUCAGAGCUUAUCAAUAUGUUCACUGAUAGAUAAUUGAUCAGCACUGAGAUUAAUUCAUGGAUGCAACAACGAACUUUGUUUACCGGCGAUGGUUUCUGAAGGUCGCCCCCUGCUGAUUUAUUUCAAGAAAUGCAGGUUUAAAACUCUGAUACUUCUCAUUUACGAUCUUUGGUGCUAAUAUGUCGGAUACGUGAGAUCCUCGUCUCUGAUUGGUUUCUCCACCUCGUGUGUCUCCCUCCACAGGCUUCCUGUUACACGCCGUCUCUGCGAGCGAGGACAAUCAGAACGCCACGUCUGUGUCAAAGGACGAUGCUAACGUCACAGCAGCUAUGGAUGUGGCGACGACUCCUGUAGGCGGCGUCCAGAGCGGGCUGGCUGUUACAACAAAGACGGACGCUCCAACGACUACAAUCAGAACCACACAUACAAACCCAGCUACUACAGCCACAACACCUGUUACCACGGCUACGACAGCCAAGCCAACAGACAAACCAGCCGCCACCCAACCUCCAACAACCACCGUCCAAAACAACCAACCCGCAGCCCCCGCCACAACCUCAGGUUCUUCUAAUCCUCCCUUGAAUAAACCACCAAAUCCUACGACUACAAAUCCCAGCCCGACCAUGACUCCGAACCCGACUGCGACCACCGACAGUAGCAGCAGUGGUGGGGGCGGCGGCGGUCAAGUGGCGACCACCAACACUCCUAAAAUAUCGACGAUAAAACCCUCAGAUGGAGGUGUGGUUCCCGCGGUGACUGAUGCAUCUACAACACAGCCGGGAGGUCAAGGCACUGUGGAGACGACAACCAUCUCGAAGGUCACCACCUCAGGGCGAAUUCCUACCACUCAGACCACCAUCAGCUCCGGGACGAUCCCUCAGGACGGCAAAGGAGGUGAGAGAUCGGACCUGACAGCAGAACCUGAAAACUGAUUCGUUACUUUGACGAAUCAGUCUCAUGAAUGUUUCUGUUCAUUUUACGUUUUUUUUUUAGUGACACAGAAAACGACGGUGACGGUCACAACCCCCCCGCCAACGACAUCCAGAGCCACGCAGUCUUCUGGGACCACCAUCAACCCCUUCACCCCGACUAAAGCAGGACCCCCAUCAGGAGGCACCACAGGAGGAAAAGUAGAGACCACGGCUCCCCAAACCACCAAGUCCUCCAUGACCUCCACAGUGGGCCAGCUGAGGACGUUUCAGGUUCGUUGUUUUUUUUUCUCUCGAUUUUGUUCAAAUAAAAAGUUCCUCAGUUCGGCCUCUGAGUGACGAUGUUUCCUGUUUCUCUCCGCAGUACUCUCUAAACACCGGACAGGAGGUAAGAUGGACUUCUUUUCGCUUCUUCUACCUCAAAAUCUGCAUCAGCCUGUUUCUAUCCCAUGUGAUAAUAAACACGGUUCCUGCUCCGACUCUCCUCGAACCCUCGGCUAUUGUUCCGAUCAUGGGAGGCAGACCCGCAGACCCGCACCCUUCCACUCCUUUCUUCUCUGACAUUUACUCCCCAACGCUCCGUCUAAUUAAAGACGUUGAAUUAUUGUGCAGCAUCCUGCAGGGAGAACAAGAACAAUAAGAGCUGUUGUUUUUAAUCAUCCACCUCCACGCUCGCCCCGCUAACGUUGAACUCGUGUAAAUAUAAGGUUCGAGCACAGGGAGGUAGAAACGAGACUGUGCAUCACACCGAUGCAAAAAACGGACGCUUUCAGGGAGCGACGGUCUCUCUGUUCCGCAGAGUUACCCCCAAUUUCCAACCAAUCCAGAGCGGCUAUGAAAAGGUCGUAUCCGCCGAUCGUAACCAUUCAAGUUAACGUGUCAAUUUCCACCGUUUCGCAGCUGAUCGCAAGAGUUCUAUUUUUUCUGGACGCCGGAGCAUGGCGGAUAAAUUCAGCACAGAUUAACCCGUGCUGGAAAGGAAGUUGGACACAGACACAAAAUAAAACAUCCGUCUUCUUUUCAAAAUAAAACACUCUGUGUUUCAAGAAGAAAGUCCUUUUUUCCAUGUGGAUGAAGUCAUGGUUUUAGUCAGCGGUAAAUUGAGCGCAGUUCUUCACUCUGGAAACUUUCAUCAUUUUGCACAAAUCAUUUCAGACAAAAUGAAACUAAAGUAUGAAUAAAUAAGACACACACCCUUUCAAAAUAAGAUCAACACCAACCUUAUUUUUGACUGUUUUCCUUUAAUACUCAGACUCAGAUUUAUUUUCUUAUAACCUUGUCUCACUAAGAAUAAAUAUUUUUUUAUAAUAGUUUAAUGACUUUCUUCUGAUUAUUUAUCGUUGUAAUAGUUCGACUUAAAUUUUUCUUCAAAAUAAAACGUCUCUCCUUCUAAGAGACUUUGACUGUACCCUCAUAUUAUGAUGACGUUAUUUGUUAAUCUCAGGACUUUCUUCAGUCUUGUGAUUCUGAGACUCGAUUCUCAUAAUAAAACUGUGAAUUUAUUCUCCAAAUAUUUUGACCUGAUUAUCGUAAAAAUAGAGAAAAAGACCAAAAACAAUUCUGAUCUUCAGAGCUGCAGACAAAACAGGCACGGCUCUGUAGUGGGAGUCACCGCAUCGGCUAUAAAAAUUUUAAAAAGUGUGAUUUGAUGUCGAUAAAUGUUCACAAAUGAAAUUCCUCCAAAUGUAGAAAUAACAUCCACGUUUCCUGCUCCGCUCCGGUCCCCGGGUGUCUGAGAGGAAACGGUGAAGCUCGCUGUAAAAAAAAAAGAUUCCAGUCACAGGGCGGAAAAAGUGGGAACCCUUCCUGCCUUUCACUCGUUUCCUACAUUCCCACACCUCCUUCACACACUCACCCUCUCCGUCUGUCUGCUGCGCUCCUCCGUCAGAGAGCAGAAAUGAUCCCUCCAUCUGAACCCCACAGAGAAAACCCUCAAAGACCGUCACUGAUGUGUGGUUUGACCUUCCUCCUGCAGAAAGACGAAGAGAAGGAGCUGGUGGAGGUGUGCAGGAGGCUGAUGAACAACCUGCAGGAUGGAAACUGCACCCUGACGUGGCGGCAUCACGGCGGGAAAGUUCAGUUCGACUGCGUGGAGGUCAACGGGAAAGGUGGAGCAGACUGGUCAUGUAUGUCAACAUUGAAGUGUUUCAUGACCUGCUGAGCUGACACGUUUACGUUUCUGUUCCAGUGAAAACCAGCGUGGCGACGCAGAUCUACGAGGAAAUCAACAAGGUGAGAGUUAAAGGCUCAUUCAGUGAUUUUACCGAUCAAACUCCUGAAACAGAAACUGAAACGAAAAAUCUCUCUCUUCUCCUGAAAGAAACCGACGGAUAAUAAAACCCUGAUCGCCAUCCUGGCGUCCUGCGGAGCUCUGCUGAUCAUGAUCGUCAUCCUCGCCGUCUGCGCCUCCCAUCACCGCAAACCUUACAACGAGAACCAGGUGAGAGGGCGCGGAGGGUUUCCUCGCGCUCUGUGGUGUUAAUGUCGUACGACUGAAACCUUCUCUGACACCUUGUCUUUGAAAUGUCCCUGCAGCAACACCUGACGGAGGAGCUGCACACGGUGGAGAACGGUUACCACGACAACCCCACGCUGGAGGUGAUGGAGGUGCAGUCGGAGAUGCAGGAGAAGAAGAUGGCGCUGAACGGAGAGUUCAACGACAGCUGGAUCGUCCCCAUCGACAACCUGCUGAAGGACGAAAUACCCGACGAGGAGGACACGCACCUGUAGAGACGCUGAGAGGAGGAGGAGGAGGAGGAGACGGAGGAAGAGGAGGAAGAGGAGGAGACAUCAGGACCUGGCUGGUGGAGAUUCUUGAGACUUUGAUCACCAAACGAGCCCACGUAUCGCUGUCCUUUUGAUUUAUUUCUUCUGUUUUAGAGUCUGAAGCUCCACUGAAAACUCACUCUGUGGCCUUAACAGUUUUCCUAAAACGUCCACCAAACACCUACACCUGUGUCGAGUCCAGGUCCGAAAAGUCUGACUUCCUGUAGAGAAACUCGCUUUAAAAAAAUCCCCAAAAACCUCAAAGAAGACUGUGCCUGCUCUCAGACCGAUUUAGACGCUCGAGUGCGAAUCUACUCUAAGUAUUUUCACCUCAUUUCUACUGAAGAUGAAGAAAAACUCACUAAAGCUGUGAAGGAAGGAAACAGGUAACAGUAACGUCAGCUGCCUCGGCGGUUUUAGAGUCACUAACGUAGAUGAGACGACCUCAGGAGGCUUCAGAGCGUCCUGGUGAUUUCACACGGAAACCUGCUGAUCGGUGAGACAAACGGAGGAGAAGACGUUUUAUUUCUGCGCUUCCAAAAUGAUCAAACACUAAAGAGAGAGACUUCUGAAACUGCCCGUGUAUUCGGAAAUCGUGGAUUCUGGCGCCCCCUGCAGACAGAACAUGGCGCAAGAGUUCCCAUUAGGAGAAUUUAGUGCAGCUGGAAAUCCUGAUCCAAAGCGAGCCGUCAAGUCCUGAAUCUGGAUCAUAUUUCUGCAGGUUUAACUUCUCAAACCCGACUUAGACGAUAAAACAGGAAGUGAACUAAACACCGACUGAGGUUUUAGACCGUUUAAAAGACACGCUGGAUUUUGUCAGUGAGACGUAGAGAAGUUCUUUUUUGUCUGUUUGCAAAAAAAGGGAAAUUAACAUUUGAUGCUUUUUGUAUCGAGCAGCAGAGAGGAAAUAUUUCAAUCAAGUGAAAUCAAGAUUUAUUCUCCUUUCAUUUUACCGUGCCUUUAAUUUUCACUAAACACACUUCAGGUAACAAAGUCCACGUUCUUCUCUGUUAGCGUCUCUCUGUAUGUCGUAAUUUCCCGGUCGAAGCAACAAAAACAACCGAAAAUAAUGUGGAAUUUUACUUUAACUACAAAGAAAUAACAGAUUUUAUCGGCAAAUAUCAAACCUAGAUUUCUCUUGAGUCCGUCAGCGUCAUCGGCUGAUUUGACUCCACGGUCAGUCGGAUCAGAACCAGACGUUCUGGAGGGAACACCUGGAGGGACACACACACACAUAUUCUCUUUUAUUUGGACCUCUCUGAUCAUUUUCUUCCCUUUGGACACAUUAAAAAGUUAAUAUAUAUAUUUACCUACAUCACAGUGACUCCAUCAGCUCGGCCACUUUGUGUUUUUUUUAUGUGAUUGUGUGUUUUUUUUGUGUGUCUAUACUUUCACCUUUAUUAUACCAUAGCUGUGCCGUUGUCACCAAAGUCCGUCACCAGUAUUUUAUGUAUUUAUGGUUUGUUUGCUGCUGAAGGCGAACAACAGGGGUCUGACACACUGGAAGCUGUAAAUGGUCGAUCGCCGCGGCGGCGGUCGUGUUAUUUUACGUGUUUGGAUUUGCAAAUAAAGGAAGCUCUUUUUUUUUUUUCCA